AUGUCGGAUCAGCCGUAUCCUGCCUUUCUGGCCUCCGCUGUAAAUGCUGUCAAGCACGCGCUAGCAGCCGAGCAAACUUCGAAUCUGCCCUCGACGCCAGCCACUAGUUUUGCCACGAGCUUACCAAUGGCGGCCACGCUUGGGGGCGUUCCUAGUUCGUCUUUGUCUCUUCGCGAACUCGAUGCUCAAGCCUCGGGCUUGGCAGCCUCUGGCGUUGGUUUUUGAUCUGUCUCUCCGGCUGUUUGCACUUCCACGGUCCAAGGUAGGCCUGAUUUUGUUGUACCUGCAUUUGCCCCACCGAUACCCGCCUUUACAUCUUCCACCAAUACCGUCGCCGUGACCGCUCCGCUUCGCCUCGGCGGUAUUUCUUCGCUGGCCCAAACGCUUAUUCCGCAUCAGCCGUUCGUUGUCGGCCCCGGAUUUUUGACAGGUCCUGCGAAAGUCGUAAGCCAUAUCGUGGCUGGAAAGUUUGUUGAUUUGCACGAACAGCUUUCCGCUAAGUUGGUGUUAAAUGAGCCCGAACCUCAAUUGCUAUUCGAUGGGCGGCUGGUACUAACGUCGACUCCGAAAAAGCUUAAGCGGCACGUUGACGACAUAAUCAGUUGGUUAGAAGCCUUUUCGGUUUAUUGUCUUAUCUUAAACUCCCAUUUCCCGCAUCGCUGGAAAGACUUGUUGCAUUAUCAGCUCCUCCUCCUUCGGACUUACCGUCAGUUCGCUGGCCGAGUUUGGUUGGCGUACGAUCUGGCUUUUCGCGAACACGCUGCUGCCACGAACCUUACAGAGUGGUCAAUCAUCAAUGUGCAGUUAUUUAAUUUCCAUGCGGCUGGAGCAUCUGGUAGGCUCUGGCCGUGAACUUUCAGAUGAGUUAACUGAACCCUGCGGCGCACCAUCUUCGCUAGUUAUUUGUAAGUCCUGGAACCGCGGCUAUUGUGUUGCUCCCUCAUCGUCGUGCCGCUUCGCUCUCAAAUGCUCUAGUUGCUUUGGCCCGCAUCCCGUGAGAGCUUGCCCUGGUUACCCAUCAAGCCAGUCUCGUCCUUCUUCCAAACGGCCAGUCGAUGCUUCCCCACCUCGUUCUAGCAGAAAAUCUAGGAUUCGUCUAGGAUUUGUCAUGCCCACCUUGUGUUGUCGUUGAGUUGUUUUAGGUUGAAGGACUUAAGCCCUUAAGUCUAGGCCUUAUUGGACUUAAUUAGAUUUCUUUUUGUUCCUUAGUCACUUUAUACUCUUGUUUAAUUAGCUUGCCUCAGGGUGGUGGCCUACCACAUGUACUUCUUAGGCUUCAUUAAAGCUAGUUGUUUCAUGUUGACUGUCCCAGCUGAUUUAUUUUGCGCGUUGAACUGGGGUUUGUGGGGCUAGUUAUUUGUCUUUGUAUGCUUUUCGUUAUUUUUCAGCUCCUCUCCCCCCAGUUUCAUCAGUCACUCCCUUAGAGGCGGAGCAGUUUGCCUGGGAGUUGCGACUCGACCCCCAGCGGCCGCAGGUUAACUUUGUGCUGGAUGGAAUUCAUCAUGGGUUUAAACUGGGUUUUGCCCUUCCCAAAAGCUCAAGUCCGCUAAGAAGAACAAGCCUUCUGCUACUCAGCAUGCUUCUGUCAUUGACACGUAUCUAGGGAACGAGGUUUCUUUGGGCAGGGUGGCAGGCCCGUUCAAUACCCCUCCCCUGCCCUGCCCUCUCCAACCUCUUAAUUAGUAGCUUUGGGCUUAGCUCGGAUGAGUUUACUCUUCACUACGUCACUGUUGAUCAAAUUAUUCGCUUAGUGUCUCGUUUGGGGGAAAGGGGCUCUCAUUGCUAAAUUUGAUGUUGAGUCCGCUUACCGCAACGUUCCAGUUCACCCGUCAGACCGCUCUCUGCUGGGGAUGAAAUGGCGUAAUCAGUACUAUGUUGAUCUAGCUCUCCCCUUUUGCCUUUGUUCAGCUCCAUUCUUCUUCAGUGCGAUAGCUGACACGGUGGAGUGGAUCCUCGUGCACUCCUAUCAGAUCCCUGAUCUACUUCAUUACCUAGAUGACUUCAUCACUGUGGGCUCCCCUGAGUCGUCUCAGUGUGCACACAACUUAAGCACCACUCUAGCAGUCUGCAAGCGUUUGGGCCCGCCUUUUCACCCAUGCAAGUGGGUAGAGCCCUCGACUACGCUUGUAGUCCUCGGUAUUGAGCUGGACUCUGUUAAUCAAGCUGCUCGUCUCCCCGCGAAGAAAUUGUCGGCUUUAAAAGAGCUUAUCUCUUCGUGGCUUACUCGAAAGUGGUGCAAUAGGCAAGAUCUAGAAUCUCUUAUCCGACAUCUGCACCGUGCUGCAAAAGUGGUU